UGGCGGCUGAGGCGUUUUCUGCUUUAUAAACAGAACACACCGGAAAAUAACAACAACAACAAAAGAUACAAAUCUCUAAAGCGACGACAGAGCGGGCGACUGUUGUUAGACAUCGCCGGUUGUGGAAAGUGCUUGGAUUUUCCUUUGUUUUUCUUCAAUACGAAAACAUCAGUUAAAUGCAGUAUUUACUUUGUUCUGGCACCCUCCUCACGCUGCUGGCCACAGCUUACGCCAUCAGAUGCUACUCAUGUGAGUCCGUUUACGAGACGAGCUGCGGCGAAAAUUUCGAAAUCGAGAAUCAUUUCAAGUACGAUUGCGCCUUUAUUGCCCCGCCCCGUUUUUUGGAAAACGAGCUGUCCAACAAGAAUGCGACAGCGUGCCUGAAGCGAGUUUUUCGCGAAAAUGGCGUCAACAAAUUCGUGCGUGGCUGCUACUUUGGCGAGGUGAACGAGACAGAGAUUGGCUGCAAGCUGGACCCAACGCUGAUCGCCGUGCAGAACGCCAGCUGCCACGUGUGCGACAACGAGAACUACUGCAAUGGAGCAGAACAUCCGCAGGUGGAUCUGUGGCAGCUGCCCGCAUUGGCGUUGUAUCUGCUGGCAGCCCGAUGGCUGCAGGGCGGCCAACGGGACGUAUGAGGCAUGUUUAAGGCAUUAGGCAUAAGUUGUUGUUGUUCUUAGUUUGUUGUUAUAUAUGGCCAUGGCCAAGAAAGCCGAGUAAGCGCCAAAGG